CGCAUCGCUACCAAUUUCUCUGCCCGGCUGAUGGCAUCCAGACGGUGCCAGUGCUACGGGUGCUCGCUCCUUCCUGUCAUGAUGGGGAAACGACUACUGACUUAGUCUGCACCAACCCAUUGUGCCUCCGUCUCAUGCGCUUCCGACGGCCAGUGCUGCAUAUUCCCAGGAUUCCCAAGCAGGUACCCGGCGGCUUUCCAGGUCUAGAUCCUAACCCGGGUAAGCACUGCUGGGUAAAGAACCAAGUUCGCAGGCGGCUCGAGUCUCAACGACACCCUUUUACCCUCUGCCGAUACCAUGUUCCUGGCCUUCAGCUCACUACGACCACACUAUGGCGAACUCUGCCCAACGCCAUCCAAAAAUCCCGCACCCUCAAAGCACCGAUCCCCGAUUACAUAGUGCUGACUUAAUCUCAUCAUAUGGCAAAGCCUUUGUCUACUGCAAGACCAGGUCCGGCACCUUUGGCAGAGUAGCAUCAACCGAAGCAUUCCACACUUACCCACGCGGUGGAUUUCUCUUAGCACCUACAAGAAAUCUACCGAAAUCCGCGGCCAGCAGCCACAACAAAAGAAAGGGGGGGAGUUCCUCACCUCACAGCUUGUCCUGAUUCCCGCUUCAAGGCCUACUCGAGGCUGAUAGCCGAGAAUCCUCCUGGCCUUAUCACCGCUGGCAUAACGCAUCGCGCAGGCGUCCAUUACGCUUCCACGCGAGAGGGUCGUUGGAGUGCCCGAGACUCGCGUAAAGACUUCCGCGACCAACCCUAGGACCCAUCCCAGUCCUUCUGGAAUGUGAAUUUCCCAGGCAGGCGGGAAAUGCCCAAACUCUUUCCAAACAGCAAGGCUGAAUUCACGAAAAGAGAUGGGUUCGUUGUUUUGGAUGAAAAACGUCUCCCCUGCGGCGCUUUCCGCUCGGGUUUGGCCGUUGCACCCACGCUUUGAUUCCGCUGAUUGGAAAUCCAACAGGUUUUCAACCGCCAGAACGUGCGCGUCAGCCACAUUGCCGACGUAAGUCGUGUCCCAAAGAUUCCUGCCAUCCCCAAUCACCCAGCGAGUCUCUCCCUUGGCAAUGCAGGCGUGAAUCGGUGGUACCAGCUGGUUGUCUCCCUCGCCAAACAGCACCGACGGUCUCAGAACGCAUGUGGACAUGGACUGGUCGUUGGCUGCAAUCACUAUCUGCUCGGCUUCGGCUUUACUCUCGCCAUAGAUGGACGAUUUGGGCGAGACCGGCCAUCUUUCGUCGAUGUUGGCAUAGGCCUGACUCAUGUCGUCUAUCACGGCGCAGCAACUACUCGUAUACACAAAUGCUUUGCAUCUGCCUUUUCUGGCCGCCUCAACCAUGUGCCGCGUCCCUUCCACGUUGACAGCCUUGACAAAGGCUUCUAGGCGUCGUGCAUACCUGCCAGAACAAAGUGAAUGAGCCAUUGUGCAUGAUUGCGAAAUUUCGAGACUGAUAGAGGGACGACGCACACAUCGCCCAUCGGGGGAGAAAACGAGACUCGGCGCCUGGAGACGGAAGCUGCAGUCUUCGUACAGCACCGCUUGCACCGCCCGCGAGACGGACCUACCUCUCGCUCAACGAUGGCACAAUGCCUGCUGAGUGGACGAUGGCAUCUGCAUUGAUCAUGGCAAGAGCGUUCAUGACACUGGUCUGAUCCGUGAUGUCGGCCUGCACAUAAUCAUAUUUGCACCCCUUGAGUAAGUCCAGCUCAUCAUCUCGUGCGUCAUGGUUUCUUCCCCGUGGAUCUUCAGCCUUGUCGAGAAUCCAGAUGUGCCAUUCAGGAUGGAGUUCCUGCAAGGAUCGGACAAUUGCCGAACCUACAAAUCCAAGACCGCCCGUCACCAUGAUUUUGAUAGGGGUGGAGGAGUGUUGUGGUGUCUUUGGCACGGCGCCAACGGUGCCUGCGUUUCCUUCCGCAAGCUUCGCCAUGUCGCUCAAGUGCCUCUCUUGCCUCUCCCAGCAAAUUCGACGACUCUCAAAGGUGGGAAAUCAGGCGUCUGGCGGUCCAAGAACGCCGUAAAGCUUGGGACAAGAAGCGCUUCACAUCGCAUCAAGACUCUCGGCUGUCGAGCAAUGCAUUAAUCAUCACCGACACUGAAGCAAGGCCGCAAGGCGAAUGAGAGUGGAGAGAAGUCGCCCGUGCAAUCACACCACACGGGAGCUCCUUUUUCUUGCUCCGCACCGUCCUGCCUUUGGUCUGACUUCCGCAUCAUCCGCCGGAAGGACCAAGCAAGAGCCCGUCUGACAGCAGCAAUUUCCGGGCCGCUCCCCACAGCAAGGCUAUAUCCAUCAAGCCCCUGGAGCUCCACCAACGGAACACGGACAUGUUUCCCCAUCGGUCCUCGUGCAUGGAUCACGGAGGUUCUUGAAAAAGAGCUAUCUCGCUUACAACCUUCCAGUGCUUCUAAAGCUUCCAUUUCCUACGCCACGGUCGCCAGCAACGCCAUCACACCGGGGUCAUGAUCUCCCAUGCGUUCAAGUUCCUCAAAUGUUGAUCUUCGGCUUCCAUGUGGGUUCGACUACUUCCCACUUUCCCAGAGGUUCAAGUGGGUCAUAUGUCAUAAUCCCGUUUAGCAAUGCAAGGACGACGCGAGGCGAAGCGAGGCGACAGCGUCCCAACGGAGCGGCACCCUUGCAACAUCGCCGUCGUCGCUAUUUAUAUCCGGGCCACCUUCCUCACGGUGACCUGAAUCAAAUUCAGGUGUGGUUUCUCUGCCAAACAGGUCAAGCGCGCGUCCAACAACAUGCUUGUCAACUGUACGCGGGCAUCGCACACCUUCGUUGAGUCAUUUGCCUUGACCUCGCCUCGCCUCGCUUCUACUCCUUCCGUUUCCCCGGCUGGCGAUGGUCAGGUACUCGUAUGUAUCUUUGUACUCGGUAUACGUCCUGUAUCACGGAGUUUUUUACCCUACGAAGUGCGGCCCCGAACAAUCGAGAUCAACAUGGGAAACGAACCUGCCUAUGAGAAUUUGCGACCCUGCAACUUCGCUUCCGAAGCGAUGCGAAAUGUACCUCGUAUGCAAAUGUUGGUGGCGAUUCUACCACUCUCGUGGCCGGUCACUCAAGGCAAGUCCGAGAUCAGUGAGGAAGUCGUGCCCUCAUUUCUGCUCAGACACAGCCCCCAAGAAAGUUCGACAACGCGCUUCCUGUGCGGGGGAAACAAGGACGACAACGAAAAGGAAACAGAACACAAGGAGAGAAAAAGGCUUGAUCAAGGGGCUUUUCCCUUCCUGAAUUCCCAGAGUGAGCCCUCGUUAUCAAAACAUCUGUCUGUGACUCGGCCCCGCCCUGCCCUGAUUCCAUCGCAUUGCGUGGCAAAGCCAAUCCGCCUGGUAUUUCGGCGACUUUUCGCCUCUCUGGCAGAGUCCAUGCAAUCAGUCGCUGCGACGGGCUGCCCGUGCCCUCCAAGCAGAUAGAGCAAAUAGAGCAACGUAAAGUAAGACACCAAGGCAGCAAAUUUGUUUUUGAG